GCGCGCGCGCGCGCGCCCCGACGUGACACGAUGGAACGUGCGAGCCUAGAAAAGCUCGAGGCGAUGCGCGCACUGGAUCAUUACGCGCAGAUCCAGCUCGAGAGCGGAAGACUGGCAAACACGUAUUACAAUAUUAAGAUAAUCAAAAUAAUAUAUAUUAAAUUAAGACAAACUAUAUUUCCCACCAGGGUUUAUUUCUGAGAGGUAAUGGGCAGGACGACGGACUGAGGCAGUGCCGAGCAGAACGACUUGUCACCCCCCCGCCCCACGCAGACCAUGAUGAAGAAGGAUAUUAUUAACUUGAGCCUGGCGGAAGACGCGGAUCUCAAACUGCAUCUGCGCGACGCCGAGAGCCUCCUCGGCUCGCCGGACCUGGGGCUGCUCAAGCUGGCGUCCCCGGAGCUGGAGCGGCUGAUCAUCCAGUCCAACGGCAUGGUCACCACGACGCCCACCAGCUCCCAGUUCCUCUACCCGAAGAUGGUGACGGACGAGCAGGAGUUCGCCGAGGGCUUCGUGAAGGCGCUGGAGGAUUUACACAAGCAGAACCAGCUGAGCGGCGACGGGCAGACGACCAGCAGCCUGGACCUGGGCGCCAACAUCGCCCCGGCCCCCCUGCAGCCGGACCUGCCGGUGUACACGAACCUGAACAGCUACGCCACCGGGCCACUGGGAACCAUCGUCAACUACUCCACGGACACUGUCCCCUUCCCGCCUCCCCCGGCGCGCCACCUGGGGGCGGCCGCGCCGCCGCCGCCGCCGCCGCCGGAGCUCUCUCGCGUCCAGCCGCCGACGGAGGAGCCGCAGACGGUCCCCGACGUCCAGAGCUUCGGGGAGAGUCCUCCGCUCUCCCCCGCCGACACGGACUCACAGGAGCGCGUCAAGGCGGAGAGGAAGCGGCUGCGGAACCGCAUCGCGGCGUCCAAGUGUCGCAUGCGCAAACUGGAGCGCAUCUCCAGGCUGGAGGACAAGGUGAAAACGCUGAAGAACCACAACAGCGACCUGGCGUCGACGGCCACCCUGCUCCGGGAGCAGGUGUCCCAGCUGAAGCACAAGGUCCUCACGCACGUCAACAGCGGCUGUCAGCUGCUGCCACACGAGGUGCAGGUGCACUAGUGCGCCUGUCGGUUGAGGCCCCCGACCAGCAUAUAUAAGCUUCAUGGACUUUUAAUAAUGAUCUUUUUAUUUGUCCGUCUGUAUGUGUAGCCCUGAUGUGUGCCGUCGUGUUGCUGGGACGAAUGCCAGGGCCACGUAGGCCAAACUCGACGUUACUAACCGGCUGUUGAACAUCGGUUAAAAUGUAAACAUACGUGGUGAAAAUGAAUAUGAGAUAAUGAUGAAUGACACUGUCCCGCUACAUUCGGCAGCUAAUCUGGACACGUUUUUAUCCCUAAAGAGUGACAGAAUCCACAUGGCUCCACUGUCGGUGGUGAGAACUAAUCUGCAUUACGCAUUGGUUUUAUUAAAAAAAAAAAAAGGAAAAAAGAAAUCUAUUGUUUCGUUGAGUUUAUGCCGAAAUAAAGAGCGUUUGCCUUUGACAUGUUCUAUGCAUCAAUUGCUGUUUUUACCUCGUAUCUAUGUUUACAGGUGGCAAAUGCAAAUUUCAAAUGUGAUUUUUUUUUUCAAUGGAGUAUGGCCAUAGGCUUUACUGAUGGGGGGGGGGGACAGAUUGACUUAUAUUGAGCCUCAGACACACAUCUAAAAUCUUUACAGACUGGGUUUGUCUACACAGUCUUAAACCUGGACCAAACCGAGUUAUUAUAUUUCUACAAUAACAUGCACAUUUAGGCAUAUGACACAUAUAUCAUUCAUGUAUGAGGAAUGGGCUGUAAGAAAGAUGCAUAUCCAGCCACAUUUGAGAUGUAAGGGGUGAUUUUACAUAGAAUUACAUUUCUAAAGAGAAAAAUGUGCAUGUUGUUGACAAACUCGAAUCCUGGCUGUCACAGUUUUUAUCAUCAGUAACCUUUACAGCUAUUUUCUAAUCUACUGUGUCCUAUUUCACUGUGCUCUCAUUUAAAAGGUGGAGAGUCAUAACCUCUUUUUGUUUUGUUUCACUUCUAAACCUGCAGUUAUAUUUGGCUUCAUAUGCCCCCGUGUUCUCAAUGAAAUGCUGCUCGGCAAUAAAUAGUUUUUCCUCUA